AUGUCGCAGAAUCUGUCGCUGGAGAACACAGUCGUCUCAGUCGAGCUGCUGCUGAGCCCACCGUCAGUUAGGGAUGGAUUCAGCAAAGAACUCGAAUAUGAGCUCCGCAUUGUGGGCUGCGAGCUGAUCCAGUCCAUGGGCAUUUUGCUGAAGCUGCCACAAGUGGCUAUGGCAACUGCUCAGGUUCUGCUGCAGCGGUUCUACUACUGUGCUUCAUUCAAACAAUUCAAAGAUAUUGCUCUGGGCGCCAUAUUCCUUGCAUCGAAACUCGAAGAGUGUCCGGCUCGGAUCAGAGAUAUCAUCCAUACGUGCCACUAUUUGGAAACGGCAUUCCGAGGCCAGGAGCACCAGCCGAUCGACCCCAGCAGCACGGAGAUUCCCGAGCUGAACGACGCUCUGAUCAAUGCUGAGUCGCAGAUCUUGGUCAAGCUGGGAUUCAAUGUUCACGUCCAGCAUCCGCACGGAUUUAUGAUCAAUUAUCUCCGCAGUCUCGGGAUGGCCGACAAUCGCGAGAUGGCUCAGCAAGCCUGGAACUAUGUCAAUGACAGAACCAACUGCUGCGUGUGCUAUCAGCCAUCGACGAUUGCCUGUGCGGCCAUAUAUCUAGCAGCACGAGUCCUCCAGAUCAAGCUGCCGACGAGUCCGCCGUGGUGGGAAGUCUUUGAGGCCUCCGAUGAAGAUAUCCUUUUCAUUUCUACUUUCUUUGCUCUCGUGGCCAUAUCCGGAUGCAUCUUGAAACUAUACCGCACCAAGGUCGAAAAAUCAAUGGCGUUUGCUUAG